AUGCCAUUUCGCCCACCGCAAUCCUCCCUCUUUCGCUUCCUCGGCGCUGGCGCCGUCCUAUCGCUGAUUCUGCUUGCAUUCCUCACAUUCGGACGCCUUGAAGGUUAUGGAUUCUCUUCGGGAUACGUGAUUAAAGACCAAGCAAGCUAUAACUUGCUAUCACCAGAGCAGUGCGUGGAAGCGCAGCUUAAUGGCACGGGGGAGUGGGAAUUCGAUGCGCGGCGCGACGCCGAUAACCAUGGGUUAUCGGAGGGUCAGUGCCUGAGUGCGUUCCCGAAAUUGUUUGCGGACGUUGAUCGGUCCGCUGAGGCGAGAGAGAAAGGGGAGAAAGGGGUUAUUACGUUUAAAGAGGUGGACGAAGCUGGGAAGAUUGAGGAGAACGGUAUGGUUAGGGCGGCCAUUAAGGGCGGGGAGUUGUAUGUACUCGACUUCGGAAACAUGCAGUAUACAUUCUCUCGAGGGAAAGCGACGUUGAGCGCCCUGAAUCGCGCCCUCACAGCGUACCCUGAUAGAAAAAGCCUCCCCGACAUCGAGUUUGUAUUUUCAACAGACGACUUCAGCACGGGGCAGUCUCCAGUCUGGACCUAUUCCAAACAUCCUGGCGAGGAAGGUGUCUGGCUAAUGCCCGAUUUCGGAUACUGGUCAUGGCCGGAAGUCAAAGUCGGCUCGUACAAGGAGAUCCGACAACGAAUUGCAGAUGUCGAUGAAGGCGACGGCACCAAAUCCCACCGCGGUCUACGGUUCCAGGAUAAAAAGAAGCAACUUGCUUGGAGGGGCAAUGUGGGCACGAACGCCGACGUAAGGGGCCGCCUCAUUGAAGCCUCCCGCGGGAAAAGCUGGGCUAGUAUUUACGAGAUUAACUGGGGUGAUCCAGCACAUGUCAAAGCCAACCUUCUCCCCAUGGAAGAAUACUGCCGGUAUAUGUUCCUGGCGCACACUGAAGGUCGCAGCUUUUCUGGUCGCGGCAAGUACUUCCUUAACUGCCGGUCCGUGCUGGUCUCACACAAGCUUGAGUGGCUAGAAGCGCAUCAUGGCGCUUUUAUAUCCUCUGGUCCUGAUGCAAACUUCGUUGAAGUGGAGAGAGACUUCUCAGACCUGGACAAGAAGAUGGCAUUCCUUAUCGAUAACCCCGAGACCGCGGAGCGGAUUGCAGAUAAUUCGGCGAGGACGUUUCGGGAUAGGUACUUAACGCCGGCGGCGGAGUCAUGCUACUGGAGGCAUCUAAUAAGGAAGUAUGCGGCUUCCUGUGAUUUUGAGCCGGUGUUGUAUGAGACCACCAGGACUGGAAAGAGGGUAGAUAGGGGUGUGCAUUUUGAAAGUUGGAUUCUUGAGUCGCACUGA